AUGACGAUCACUAUCACACAGGUAUAUAACAACAACAUCACCCUCACUCCCUCUCAAUUUCAAUCCCCAAUCCAUGAUGCCUCCAAAAUGGUCCCCCAACUCUUCCCACCCCGCCAUGUCUACUUCCCCUCCAACCCCUCUCACACCUCCACUGUCAUCCUCCUACACGACACAAACAGCACAGGCGCCGAGCUGGCCGCCGCGCUGGACGUCUCAACAACACCAGCAACAGAAACAGCGACAGCUGGAAAUCCCAAAUCUAUCUUCGAGCACUUUCCCUCCUGCCGCUGGGUGUUUCCCUCCGCUCAGCCCCGGCAGAUAGAUAUCUGCUACGCAAGCAGGGGGAAUUGGAUCAAUGUCGAUGUCGACGUCGCCGUCGCUGUCGACACCGAUGCGAACGAAGACACAGACCCAGGCGCAAAUUCCCUUCAACAACCACAACCACAGCUCAGCCCCUCCACAAAAGACGUCGACAACAAUUACAACAACAACGCAGACCAAAACGAUGAUCUAGAAACCUGCGUAGAGUACAUCCUGCAAGUAGUAGAAGAGGAAAUCAUCCGGCUGGACGGCGACAGUCGUCGCGUGGUGCUGGGUGGGUUCGGGCAGGGGAUGGCCGUUGCGAUUGCUGCAUUACUCGCUGCGCAGAGACGACUGGGUGGGUUUGUGGGUGUGAGCGGGUGGGUUCCUCACCCAGAGAGGAUCGGGAGCUUAGCUGGUCGGGGCCGGGGGCUGCUUGUUGAAAACGAGGCGAGGAUGGGAGCGUCCGAGGGUUCGGCAGGAGCGGACGGGGUGGAGGUGGAUCCGGGGGCCGAUUCGAUGUUAGAGACUCCGGUCCUUCUGAGCUAUCUGGAGGAUGAUCCAUGUGUGGAUAUUCAAACAGCGUUGACAGUCGACGAGACAUUGAACCGCUUGGGGUUCGUCAAGGUGGUUUGGGAUGCUUGUCCAAGUUCACCGCAGGGCGAGGGUUCGCUCUUACAUUUGCACCAGCUAGAUACAAUUAUGGGCUUCUUGACAGAGGUGUUUGAUCACGAGGGCAGCAAUCUCCCCCAAGAUGAUAUGUUAGGAUACUCUACUUGA